GUUUCACUCGGCCUUCAAUUUUCGAGAAUAUUCAAUGGCGGCGAAAGGAACUCAAAACAAAUCAUUUUCGCCUUCUCCUUUUUUGUUUCUUUAAUGGCCGUGAUAUUUACCGAGAGUAUAUAUGAACUGUGCGCCUUCUCUAGUUAUACGGAUUAUUCCUGAAGAUGGAAAAGCCGUUGACUGGGCCGUGAAUCCGACGAUUACAUUCCGAGAUGUCCUGGAGGCUAUAUCUCAGGUGAUGCCUCACGCAACAGCCACAGCAUUUGACUAUGAGGAUGAGGAAAAAGAUCGCAUCACAGUUAGGAGCGAUGAGGAAUUACAAGCAAUGAUUAAUGGGUACUUCUGGUACUAUUCAGAGAGGAUGAAGCAAGGAGUUGGAUUAGAUCCCCUCCCUAUCUACCCUAGAGCUGGACGAACAUCGAGGAAAAGAAAUAUUUGUGGCCUAACUGUAAAUACAAGAGCUCCGCUAUCACCAUCAGGCCAGACCUCCAUGCCAGCUCCCAUGAACUCCCAUCUACAACAUCAACCAACAACUGCCCCCAGUGCCCAAGCAGUACCGACUAGGAAGGAGCAUACAGAUGUCCGUAGCAUAUUGGCAGGUGGCCAGUUAAACCAGGAGCAGAUCCAACACCUUGAGAUUCUGGGGUAUGGGAAUGGUGGAACUGUGUACAAGGCAAUACACUUAACAACAAGGAGAAUCAUUGCAGUAAAGGUCAUUCCGCUAGAUGUUACACCAGAAGUGCAGAGACAAAUCAUAUCGGAAAUGGAAAUUUCUUUCCAGUGUGCUUCUCCUUAUAUUAUUGAGUUCUAUGGUGCAUUCUUUGUUGAAAAUAGAAUAUCAAUGUGUACAGAAUAUAUGGAUGGUGGCUCUCUAGAUAUGUACGGCAGCAUACCGGAGCCGGUUCUCGGUAGAAUCGCAGUCGCAGUUGUCAAGGGGCUGGCAUACCUUUGGGGACUCAAGAUAAUGCAUAGAGAUGUAAAGCCGUCCAACAUACUUGUCAAUACAAGAGGACAAGUCAAGCUUUGUGAUUUUGGCGUCAGUCGCCAGCUCGUGAAUUCUAUAGCUACUACAUACGUGGGAACUAAUGCUUACAUGGCGCCGGAGAGGAUUCUGGGUGAUGAGUACAGCAUACUGUCCGAGGUCUGGAGCCUUGGAGUAUCCCUAUUAGAGAUGGCGAGUGGUAGAUUCCCGUAUCUCAAGGGUAACCAAGGCCGCAUGGACUCGUUACUGCCAAUUGAACUGCUUCAAUGCAUAGUACACGAGGCCCCGCCGCGUCUACCUGACCAUCUGUUUAGCCCGGUGUUUGUGGACUUUGUGGCUCAGUGUAUGCAAAAAAGUCCGUCCACUCGCCUCACCCCUGAAGCUGUGCUGGAUCACAUCUUUAUUCGGAUGAGCGAUGAUGGAAAUAUUGAUAUGAUAUCCAUGUGGGUUUGUCGCCGUCUGGAAGAGAAAAGAGCGGUAACAACCAACUUAGAUAGUCCUUCAUCAGAAUAGCGGGAUACCUGUGUUAUCACGAGAUCGCGUGGCGCAAAAAUAGAACACAGAAAUAGCUGCGGCUACACGCCAGAGACCGACCAACAAAUUGGCUGAUUCGUAAGUGCUGCGAAUGUUUUGUUGCUGUUAUUUUGCCCGCGAAUUCGGCACGCAAAAAUCACGUCAUUUCAACUCGCUCAUUGUUGUGAACCUUUCGUGAAAAGGUAAUUCAUAUCCAACAUAACGGGAUUCCUGUGUCACGAUCUCUCUCUGAUGGGCACCUUUUGGUGUGAACCUUCUCGUGAUCACAUGUGACUAUUUUUGUACAUUUGAUUGACAAGCCGUAUGAGAAGCUAAAACAGACAGGGAGACCAUAAUCAGAGCAACGGUCUUCCUGUGCCCAGGACAAAGUUACUUAUAAGAAUCCUGUUGCCAUCCAAGCGUUGAAUUUGAAUAAACUAAAUUAUACCUUC